GCCGGCCCUCCGCCCUCUGGCUCGUUGGUGGCGGCGGCGUGCCGGAGCGGGCGGUGGUGGAGGUGGAGGUGAGGAGGCGCGGCGGAGUAGAGCCGGCUGACCGGAGGGUGGGGUGGGAGCCGCGCUGCGCGGCCCCGCGGCGGCGGUGCGGGUUGAGGCGGGGCGGGGUGCGGCGGGGCGGGCUGCGCUUUGUUCCCUCUGAGCGCUCCGCCAUGGCGGCCCUGCGGCCGCAGGGAGCGCAGCUGCGUUAGCGUUGCCGCGUGUAUAUGCACGCAUAAAAUAACAGCUUUCAGCCUUCAGUAGUCGCAUAGCUGUGCGUUUUCAGUCACACGCGGCGGCGAACCGUGCCCUUUUGUCGCCGAUAGGACGGUUUCUGUUUCGGACGCGCGCUUCGUGGCUGUGACGGGUUGCUUUGUAGCAGCCGGAGGGCAGGAGCGUGAGCUGUCUGCCCGGCUGUGAGGGCAGCUGGCAGCUGGAGGCGGGUCAGCUAGCGGCUUCCCUUCCUCUCUCGGAAGCUUGGCUGUUAUUCUCGUGCCUUGAAGAGAAGAAAAUCGUAGAAUCGCUUAAAGGGCCCCUAAAGGCCAUGUGGUUCCGCUCCCUGCACUGAGUAGGGACACCUACAGCUCCAUCAGGUGCUCAGAGCCCCCCAGCCCGACCUGGGCUGUCUGCAGGGACAGCAUCCACCGCCUCUCUGGGCAACCUUGGUGGUUCUUAUGUGGCGGCAGUGAUGUACACGAAGAUCUGAGCACAAUAAGUCAAUCCAGGCUGGAACACACUGAAUACAUAAGCUUUAUCAUCUCCCUGUCAAAACAAAAGCAUUGAAACAACUGCAUCUAGAUAGAGCAAAGUAUGCUUUUGGUUUCGUUGCUGUCCAGGAGAUGCUGGUUGGUUCUCAUAGCUUGCUGAGCAUUGCGCCUCUUUCAAGCACUGUGUUUUACCACAUCGUGCAGCUUGAGAUCAUUGUAGGAUUACCUUUACGCCCUUUAUCUCCAUCUCGUGGUUUGUUUGCUUAGUUUGUGUGGCUUGAAGCAAAAAUAUUGUACAAGUGGUCAUAAAAAUAGGCUUCCUGAAAUCUGCAGAACAUACUCUGCUAGAUUUUUUAAAAGGCUGUUGCUUGUUUCUGCUGCUUGAUUUUUUACGUUUCCUUGUGAUUGAGAGCUCUUCUUACCCAAGCUUUCAGGAAAGGAGUAUUGAGGAACACAGUAAGUUCUCUGUUAAUUUUUUUUUUUUUGAAGCAUUGUCCUGAUUUCUUUCCCUGUCCCUUUUAGCAUGAGAUCAUUCUCCACAGGGAAAUGUGAAUUCUGCUUGACAGAAUAUGACAUCAUUGCAUUACCACGACUAGGAUGAGGCAAUUCUUAGUCCAUUUAAAUCAGCAUCGUCCUGCAGGGAGCAUUGCUGUCACCCUGACUGGUGCUUUAGAGCAGAAAGCAUGCAUUUGCGUGCGUAGCAAGGAAACAGGUCUCUCUUUGUGGAUGUCUCUUGAUUUUUAGAGAAGUGCAAGUGACUUGGUGCGUUAAGGCAUUCAGAAAUUCACAAACAUUAAAGGAGCUCUCCUAUGUAUUAUGAUACAGUUCUCAAGUCUGGAAUCAUCUUAUGAAUCAUAUUUCUUAAUUACGUUGGUGCUUCAAGAUACAGAGAAACAACAUUCAGAAGAACCUUGAAGAUCUUUUGGAGCUACUAAAAAUCUGAUAAUCAAGAGCCAUGAUGACAGACAUAAAAGAUGGACCACGCUCAGGGGAAGAUGUAUCAGAUGCAAGAUCUUUCCCUGGUUCCAAAGGAAUGAACUUACCUGCUAGCAAGUCUGUGGACUCUGGAAUUCUGCCUGAUGACAGUUACAGAAUGGAUUAUCCAGAGAUAGGAGUAUGUGUUAUAAUAAACAAUAAGAACUUCCACCGAGAUACCGGACUGUCAUCUCGUUCAGGCACGGAUGCAGAUGCUGCAAGUGUCAGAGAAGUUUUUAUGAAGCUGGGAUAUAAAGUCAAGCUUAACAAUGAUCUGUCAAGCAGAGAUAUUUUUAAGCUAUUGAAAAAUGUUUCUGAAGAAGAUCACAGCAAGCGAAGCAGUUUUGUUUGUGUGUUGCUAAGCCAUGGCGAUGAAGGACUCUUCUAUGGUACAGAUGGCCCUCUUGAACUGAAAGUACUAACCAGCCUUUUCAGAGGUGACAAGUGCAGAAGUCUAGCAGGGAAACCCAAACUCUUUUUCAUUCAGGCCUGUAGAGGAACAGAAUUAGAUUCUGGUAUUGAAGCAGACAGUGGACCAGAUGAAACAGUGUGUCAAAAAAUACCUGUAGAAGCAGACUUCCUGUAUGCAUAUUCUACUGCUCCAGGCUACUACUCCUGGAGGAACGCAGCUGAAGGCUCCUGGUUUAUUCAGUCUCUGUGUAGGAUGCUGAAGGAACACGCCAGGAAACUUGAACUCAUGCAGAUUUUAACUCGUGUAAAUCGCAGAGUGGCAGAAUAUGAAUCCUGCUCCACUCGACAGGAUUUCAAUGCAAAGAAACAGAUUCCAUGCAUUGUGUCUAUGCUUACCAAAGAAUUCUACUUUCCUUGCUAAAAAGAAAAAAAAACUACUUUGCAAUUUUUCACUUCAGGUUUUUAUCUGUAAUUUAUACACUGUUAGUACGGAAUACCACUUUUAAGUCUGACUUGCUGUUCCCUGCCAUAGAAGGCACAAUGAACUAUCUGAGAGUUGGAGAUGUCCGUUAUUAGAAGUAAUCCACGGUAUGGCUAAGUUAGAAACGCAAACCUGAGUAGGUGAAGCACGGGGAAAUUUAAACAUAGUAAGAAUUUGGAAAAAUGAUGAGGAGGGGAUUGAAGAGAAAUCCCAUCACUUACAAGACCUACUUGGUGCUACAUUUCACUUUGCAGAAGGAGCAGAGAAAAGAAACAGGUCUUGUAAAUGGUUUGGUUUCGUAUCUUCAUCAGUAGGAAGAAGAUUCAGAAUGUGAUCUGUUUGCUAAUUGCAGUAAUGUGAUAGUAGUGUCAUUGCACAUUUCUUCUUAAAAAAAAAAAAUAACCAAUCAAGUUUUUCAAGUUUAGGUUAUAAGGCAGCCUAAACUUCUUGUAUUACUUAGGAUGUAAACUGUGAAAAAUGGCCAUUUCAUUUUUUUACAUAUGCUUAGGAGGCAUCUUUAGAAGUAAGUUCACUUUGUCUUGAUUAAUUUUUUAUAUGGAGCAUUAGAUGAGGUAAUUUUAUCAACACGCUAUCUGUUUCUAAGUGAAUUUGUACUUUUGGCCUUGAAGCUGAGUAACUAAGGGACCAGUCUUCCCAAAUGCCUUUUUUUUUUUGCAGCUCCUAGGGAGAGCUUAAAUACUCUUUGAUUAAAUACCACAAGAUUCAAUGCAAAAGAAAAUCUGCAUUCUGAAAAGCCAGCUUUCCUCUUUCUGGCCCUUAAAUCAGAGUGGUUCUGCUUUCUGCAGAUGUACAUACCACAUUUGAUCUUUGUGGAAGCCUAAAUAUGGUGGUACCAGAGAAAUUUCCUUAUCUGCUAUCAGUUGGGUUAAUUACAUGUGUCUUCUUUUAAAAGCAUUUAGUAUGUUCAUGAAGGGUAAACACAAGUCUCUUAGCUUUGACCCUGGAUUUUGUGGAGUAGGCUUUUAGAAAAUUGUGAAGCAUAUAUACUUGUGGUGACUUUUCAGCUUGUGACAGUCUUUCGAUGAACAGAGGAGGGCAUUGGUAAAUGACCAUAAGGUGCUUGCAAAACAAGACUUAAAUUCUUUAUAUUGUGUAGCAUAAAUGAUGUUGGUGAAUUGAUGUCUUCUUCCAGAAGCAUUUGGAUUUUUUUUAAUUAAAUAUUAUCACCUAAAUUGUA